AUAAGUCGCAAUUACUUUUGUUCAAUUUCAAUUCAAACAUUGCCAGUCGUAAGUGCGCUCAUCUCUAAAGCGGACGGCCUAAAAUCAGCUGAUCCGUGUUAUCAAGAAGCUAAUAACGUUUGUUACGUGCUGCACAGCUUUAAAAUGACAUUCCUUGAAUUCUUGUUCAUAUUGUUGGUGCUCUACUAUUCAGUUUAUGUGCUGCUCUGGAUCGUGCUCGACUGCAAUGUAGCAUUGUGGUUCAAAUCACGCUUCGGCGUCUCACUGUCCUCAAUGCGCGGACAGGUGGUUUGGAUAACGGGUGCUUCAAGCGGAAUUGGUGCCGCGCUGGCAGUAAGUCUGGCUCGAAAUGGUGUGCGUCUGGUGCUGAGUGCGCGGCGUGUAGAGCAACUGGAGAAGGUCCAAGCGGAUUGCCUGGCUGCCGCGCGUGGUCUGCUGGCGCAAAAGGAUGUGCUUAUACUGCCCAUGGAUAUGGUUCAACUCGACAAGCAUCAAACACAUCUUUACACAGUUUUGAAUCACUUUGAUCGUCUUGAUGUGCUGGUAAACAACGCAGGUCGCUCGCAGCGAGCAAGUUGGGCAGACAUUGAGAUUGAUGUCGAUCGUGAGCUUUUCGAGUUGGAUGUAUUCGCAGUAGUUCAUCUUUCGCGUCUGGUCGUGCGAUACUUUCUCGAACAGAAUGGCGGACGUGGCCACAUAGCGGCCACAUCAAGCAUUGCGGGUUUCAGUCCAGUUCCAUUCUCCGCCACAUAUUGCGCUGCCAAGCAUGCGUUAAAUGCGUAUUUGAUGGCCCUCAAAGUGGAGCAGCGUAAGCUAGAUGUCACAAUUUUUGCGCCUGGACCCAUAGCUACAGACUUUCUGCAGGAAGCAUUUACGGGCGCACGUGGUGGCAAGGUUGGUCUCAGCACGGCAAAUCAGAAGCGUUUAACUGCUCAGCGCUGUGGCGACUUAUUUGCCGUCGCCUUGGCCAAUAAAAUGGACCUCACUUGGUGUGGUCUGUUUCCAGUUAAUGCGAUGGCCUACUGUGCACGAAAUCCUACAUUGGCUAAGAUUUUGGGUCAAUUUAUGACCGAGAAAACUUUGAACAAAAUACGUGAGGGUAAACUUUAAACGUGCACAAUUUUGACAAACAAAUUCGUUUUAUCAACCUAAAAUUUGUCAUUAGAAAUA